AAUUCCUCGGAAAAUUCUAGAAAAACCAAGGAAAGAGAUUUUCCAAAAAUGAAAAAAACCAAGAAAUUCUCGGUACUGUUUGUUCUGUUUCUCUCUGUCGUGCUCUCCAUUGCCUAUCUAUCUGUCUCCGUCGAUGCCAGAAAGAGCUACGAAAAGAGGAGCAGAGUUCACAGACAUCAUAAGCAGAGAGGGAGGGGCAAGAACAACAAAAAAGGCCCUGACCCAGAUCAUUUUAACAGUUCUGCCCCUGCCCCAGCUCCUUAUGACGGUUCCUACGAGCCCCAUUCAAACAUUUUCGAUGUCUUAUUGUUCGGAGCUAAGGGUGAUGGAGUUUCUGAUGAUUCUAAGGCAUUUCUAGCAGCAUGGAAAGCUGCCUGCAAGGUGACUUGGGCUACGGUAGAAAUCCCAUCAGAAUUCAAAUUCCUCAUCAGGCCAAUCACACUCCAAGGCCCUUGCAUGCCCCACCUUGUUCUCCAGAUAGAUGGGAUCAUCUUAGCACCUCCAAAUCCAUGUGCAUGGUCCAGAUCAAAUCUUUUCCAAUGGAUUAACUUCAAGUGGCUUCAUGACUUCACCAUCCAAGGUAGUGGUACUGUUAAUGGCCAGGGUUCUUCUUGGUGGACUAUCUCUCCAACCCAAUGCACUAGGAAAAAAUACAAACAUGUACCGGAUAUAAAACCAACUGCAUUGAGGUUCUAUGGAAGCUACAAUAUAACGGUCCGUGACAUUAAAAUCUUUAACAGUCCACAAUGCCACUUGAAAUUCGAUGGUUCUGCCCAGGUUAAGAUCAACAACAUCACUAUCUCUUCACCCGAAAGAAGCCCGAAUACGGACGGAAUCCACCUCCAAAACACGCAGGAUGUGGAAAUCCAGCAUUCCAACAUUGGAUGUGGUGAUGACUGUGUAUCAAUACAAACAGGAUGUUCUAAUGUUCAUGUGCAUCACAUUAAUUGUAGCCCAGGCCAUGGUAUCAGUUUAGGAGGCUUGGGGAAAGACAACAGCUUGGCGUGUGUGUCCAAUGUCACGGUGGAGAACAUCAGUGUGCAAAAUGCUCUCUCGGGAGUUCGGAUCAAAACAUGGCAGGGGGGUUGUGGGUCCGUCCGCAAUGUGUCGUUCUCUAACGUGCAAGUCUCCGACGUCAAGAUCCCAAUCAUGAUCGACCAGUACUACUGCGACAAGAGAUUAUGCAAGAACCAGACUCGAGCAGUUGCGAUAUCAGGCAUCAAGUACACUCAGAUCACCGGGACAUAUUCGGUUCAGCCCAUCCAUCUCGCAUGCAGCAACGCCGUCCCAUGCACCGACGUCGACCUGAUCGACAUCCAACUGGUGCCGUCACUGGAGUCCCGUGGGUUCCAGCAAGCCUUGUGUUGGAACUCUUAUGGGGAGUCACAUGCCCCACUUGUGCCCUCAAGCAUAAAUUGCUUGCAAAGGGGUGGUUUGUUUAAGAGCCUAACAAGGUCAGAUGAGUACACAUGCUAGGGUCUGUGAUAUAUGGGUCCGAUGGUUCCAACCACAGUGGUAAACUUGUAAUUAUGAUGUGCUUCCCUUUUGCAAAUUUCCAAUGCAUGAAGGUGAU